AUGGAUUCUCUAUUCGCGGGCUUCGACCACUCCACACCGCACGUGAACUCUAUUCUCAAAGAGGAGAAUCUGAGUACCAAUGCCAUCAAUUCGUUCGAUGGCAUGCAGUUUGCCAUGCCUCCAGUUGGCCAGCCGUCGUCGCUGCUGAAGGAGUGGACUGAUGACACAGAGGGAUCCAUGAAGGUUAAAAUAGCUCACGGUACCACAACACUUGCCUUCAAGUUCAAAGGCGGUGUCAUGGUCUGUGUGGAUUCACGUGCCACUGGUGGUGCUGCUAUUG